GCAAGCCGCCGCGGCGGUAACUGCUGACGGCCUCGAGGAGAUGUAGAAAGACACAUCUAACCUCAUUCGGACGCUCUCCGCUCCACGCUGCGCAUCUCUUAUGCUGACUGAGGACCUUCAUGCCCUCUGACAUGUGAAUUGACUCGUCGCGUUUUUGACACUUUUCCGUUCAUUAUGGCGUUUAGUGUGGUGCUCUGUGCUCUGCUCGUGCUGCACUUGUCCAGUGCCUUCAACGUGGACACGCAGAAUUAUGUGCUUCACAGGGGUGAGAGAGACUCGAUGUUUGGAUUCAGUGUCGCCCAGCACUUGGAUAGGGGCAAGAGUUGGUUGCUAGUUGGAGCCCCUGCAGCGCGGACGACCCAGCCCGGGGUGAAUCGAGGGGGUUCUGUCUUCCGUUGCGAGAUUUCCCGCGACGACUCCUGCCAAGAGAUUCUUUUUGACAGAAAAGGAAACAAUUUCGACCAGACGGGGGCGCAAAUAGACAACAAGAGCGGCCAGUGGUUUGGAGCAACCGUCAAGAGCUCGGGGAUCAAUGGGAUAGUUCUGGUGUGCGCUCCUCGCUACGUGUAUUUCUCGUCCAACAAAUUGCGGAGAGAGCCGGUCGGCACUUGUUAUGUUGCCCGGAACAACACCUCCGUGUUCGACGAGUACUCGCCAUGCAGAACUGACCAAUGGGGCUACCACAGACAAGGAUCGUGCCAAGCUGGUCUUGGAGCAGACAUAUCUAAGGACGGAAAGCGGUUAUUUAUCGGAGGGCCUGGUAGUUACUACUGGCAAGGACAAAUGUAUUCAAUUAGCGGAGAAAGGCCGGAUUUGCUGCCGCCAACUCGCUCGGCCAUUCUGGCAACAGGAAUGGCCUUCUCGCAGAGUUUGUACAGCAGACCCGACCUGAAGGCGACCAAGGAGGGCACGGCCGUCGACGACGACAGCUACCUUGGCUACUCGGUUGCUGCAGGCGACUUCACAGGAGAGGGCCGCCAGGGGUGUGCUGUCGGUAUGCCCAAGGGCGCCAACCUCCUCGGAAAGGUGCUGUUGUACACCUGGGACCUGGUGAAUGUGGUCAACGUGACGGGCACUCAGCUGGGAUCGUACUUCGGAUACUCGAUCUGCGCUACCGACCUGGAUGGAGAUGGUUUGCAGGAUUUGGUGGUCGGCGCGCCUCUCUACAACGAGUUCAACAACGAGGGCAAAUACGAGACAGGCAGAGUCCAUAUAUUCUACCAAGGACGAGAGGAGAAAUUUAGCCGCAGCGAAUUCCGCGAUGGCGUGAAGAGCAAAUCGCGUUUCGGUCUCUCUUUGGCCGGCCUGGGUGACAUCAACAAAGAUGGCUUUGAAGAUUUCGCAGUCGGCGCGCCCUACGACGGUUUGCGGGAGCACGGUGCCGUCUACAUCUACCAUGGCUCGGCAGAGGGUGCCAGAGAGAAAUACUCACAGGUCAUUUACGCCGAGGACAUCGGACCAAACAUCGCCACUUUUGGCUUCUCCGUUUCAGGCGGGUACGAUUUGGACGAGAACUUGUACACCGAUCUGCUAGUCGGCGCAUACGAGUCCAACACUGCCAUUCAUUUCCCUUCGCGGCCCGUCGUCAACUUGGAUGCCAAGCUGAGCUUCAGCUCGGACGUCAAACAAAUUAACUUGGACGAUCUCAAGUGUCGUCUGCGGGACGGCACUAAAGUGGCUUGCGUCGAUGUCACCGCAUGCUUUGAGUACAACGGCGUCGGUGUUGAGAGGAGGCUUGAUUUCGAUAUCCAAGUCGUUCUGGACGCCAAAAAGACGAAAAAUCCGAGGAUGUUCUUCAUUGACCAGGAGGGCCGGAACACCAUCAAUCAAACAAUAAGACUGAACAAUCGCUCCCUUAUGUGCAAAACUCUUCAAGCAUACAUUAAGCCCAACAUCCGAGACAAGUUGACGCCCAUUGAGGCCGAAGUUCGGUAUAGCCUGCUCAAGUCGCCGACCUCAAACAAUCAGCUGCUUCGACGCACGCAGCGCUCCCUGGAGCCAAUCCUCGACCUGAACACUGCCCAGGUGCAAAAAGACACGAUCAAUAUCCAGAAAAAUUGCGGUCCAGACAAUGUGUGCGUGCCUGACCUCAAAAUGGAAGCCUCGCCAAAUGUGGAUGAAUACCUGUUGGGCUCGGAAAAACGACUCGAGUUUAUCGUGGAUGUGUUCAACGGCGGCGAGGACGCAUUCGAGUCCAUGUUCUACCUGACCAUCCCACCGGGGCUAAAUUACAUCAACAUUGAGCGCUUGGGCGUCGACCCGUCCGUAGCAAUUCAGUGCUCGGCGCCUUCCUCGGCCACAAAUAACACCCUCCGCUGUGACAUAGGCAACCCGCUACCUAGCAGGAAGCUGCUCAAAUUCAAGGUACUGCUGCAGCCGUACUGGGCGCAGGGCACACCUUCGCGUUUUGACUUCCGCUUGGACGUGAACAGCACCAACCCAGAGGUGGUGGAGGACUACAAAAACAAUCAGAAGUCCGUGUCAAUCCCAAUAAUGGUCGACACCGACCUCCAAAUCGAAGGAUCCUCGCUGCCACCGCAACUGUACUACAAUUCUUCCCUGUAUGAGACGAAGGAGUUUUACAGAGAGGAGUCCCAGUUGGGUCCUCAAGUCGUGCACAUGUACGCCAUUCGCAACAAGGGACCAUCGAACAUUGUUGAGGCGGAGGCAUACUUCAUCUGGCCGUCUUACACUCUUGAUGGCGAGCCUCUCCUCUAUUUGCUGGAGCAGCCAGAGACGAGCGGACCCAUCAAGUGUGAGCACGCAGCCGAAGUAAACCAGAAGCGAGUCAAGUUGGAGAAAAAGAAGUCUUAUUUGGGCUACACCGAAGAAGACGACAGCGGCCAUGGUGGCCGCCUGGGUGUCACUAUGGUGGAUCACCAAGAGAGCGUGCGAGGUUCUCAAGCGCCCCUACAGCACUCGUACGAACGCAGUCGGUCCAGCAAAAAUUUCUCAUCCACCAGGACAGAGACCCGCAACGGCGGACGCACCGUCACCACGCACCACUCGUCCUGGUCCUCAUGGCAAUCGUCUGAGGAGGAGCAGCAGCAGCAACAACAACAGAGUCGAAGAAGAAAUCGCAGGCAGACCGACUACAGCGGCGAAGGAAGCUAUGAAGAUUACAGCGGAGCUGAAAGGGAUGAACAGAGGGAGCUGGAGGACGCAAUCAAAUGUGGGCCUACUGUUUGCACGAAGAUUAAGUGCAUUGUUGGCCCAUUCUCCAAGGACCAAGAAGUGUGGGUCGCUUUCCGCGGUCGAGUCUUCGCUGAAACACUUAAAGCACUGAGCAACCAGAACCUGAAGGUGUCUUCGCUGCUGGCGUCGCGCAUCACCAAACUUCCCUACAUCGGUCAGCCGGACUUCAUGGAGGUCAAGAAGUACGAGGUCAUGACCGAGGUCAUCAACACCGACACGCCCCUCCACCCCUCCGAACACGUGCCUUGGUGGGUGGUCGUGCUGUCCGCUUGCGUCGGCGCCGCCAUCCUCAUCCUCCUGGUCUUCCUCCUCUGGAAGUGCGGCUUCUUCAAGCGGAAUCGGCCGUCGGGCAACACGGCGGAGAAGGAGCCGCUCAACAGGAACGGACACUACCAGGCAGGUGAUGAGCCUUUGUGAUGCGCCCCUCGAUUCGAUUAGCAAAAGACUGGUAGUUACCAAUAAUGACACAAACAGAAGAGGAAGAAGAGGAAUCUGGCCGGCGCCUCGCUGGAGAGACGACCGCGCCGAGCAAAAACUUUUCCCCAGUGAAACUCCGUUCACCAUCGUAAUGUGUUCCGCGAGGCAAUUUCGACGUGAACUAAUUUGAAUAGAUUCACACACUCACAACGAAAUCAGUGCAAAUGGCGCCCCCUCUCUAAUAAUUUAUUGUAUUUUCUGUAUGUGUACUUAAGCUAAUUCUGACAGCAAAUUGUACGUGGGAAGAUGGAGAUAGUUUUUGUGGUUUACAUUUGCACAGUGCCUUUCCGGGGCGCUCGCAGCGUAGGAUGAGAAAGAUAGUCAAAGUGCUUUGCAGGCGACUAUUUUUGUAAACUGAAUUCUCAAUGCUCCGCCGUGUUUUCUUGAUUAACCCUGCUGCGUAGUGGGAUUUCCUCAGUCUGUAUUUCUGUUGACUUUCUAGUGAAGAACUUCUUGGCGCACGUACUUCAAGACGCAUUUUCUUUUAAUUGAUUCACUAAUUCAAAUGCCAACUCGGUCUAAAUUCAGAACUCCUUUUUGCCUGUUGGCGGUGAUUUUUGGCUGAACCCACGUCGGAAUAAAUAAUCAAAUCAGGCCGAGUGUAACACAUAAAGUGAUUAAUCUGUGUUGAAAAAGUUUACUUUGAGUUAAUUCAACGAUGGCUCCAUCUGAGUGUGAAAAUCGAGCGGCCAAGCAAAAAAGUUGCAAGUUUCAAGAGCUCUUGGGUAAAAAAUAUAAACCAGCGCGCUGCCGAGUUUAUUAAAUUUUGCAGAAAGCAAAAAAGCGGUGGCUGCUUACGGAAUUCAUUGAAGCGUUUCGAGAGCAUAUUUUGCGAGCCAUACAAAAAGUUUUCUCGUUUUCUUACAAAACGAGAGCGCAAAAAGCAGCCUUUCAGCUUUUUGGCAGAAAACAUUAACAAACAAAUUAUAUAUACUGGCCGGAAUGAGUGGUAGCAAUAAAGAGAACAGCGGGACGAAAAAGUCGUCUGCAAAUAGCUUGCAAAAAUGAUGCCAUGGUGCUUUCCACGCCGAACAAUGACAAGGCAGAAAAAUGGGGAGAAAGGAAGUGCGUGGGAGUGGACAACCAGAGUAGAAAAUGUAUAAAAAAUUCCAUCACUAAUGGGUCUAAUUUUGAUAAUGACUUUCAAUGCCGAUCCCCAAUAUAAAACUGUUUUUAAGGGACGCUUAAACACAAGCAGAAGUUGAGGAGAAUGUUUGGCCGCAAUAACGUAGUUUGAAAUACAUAAAGCUUGUAUAGUGCAUCACGUUGCACGCAAUUCUGCCUUUUGAUUCCAAACAUAUCACUAAUUCCACCAAGAGCCGGGUCAUUUUGGCCUACUGGGUCACCUGCCAGUCGACAUGACUUGACCAAGCUACACCAGCAGCCGUUGGUUCCAUUGUUAAAAAAGUAGAAAAAAAUCGCAAUAAAAUGUUAGUUGCAACAGCAUCCGUUUAAAUUACUAAAUUGAAAUAAAGGCUUGGUUAAUGCUUGGCAUAAACAUUCAAAUGCAUAUAUACAAAUAUUAAACUAAAAAAGAGCGAAGCAAAAUAUCGAUUUGUUCUGCAGAGUUUGGAUUUGAAAAGUCUUAUGAGCUGGAAGGGCUGUAUUCAUCCGACUUAAUAAAAGUAAAAAAGCCCGAAAAAUGCAAAAUUACCUCUGCUCUUCCUGCAUGAUACCAUCUCUUAGCAAGUUUAUAGCAUACUCAGCCUCCUAUUAGGAUUCAAAUUUAUCACCGGCUUAACGGACCACCCUGUACCUAUAAGUAGCUGUCUCUGGCAGGUCACAUUUUUAAAAGGCCGGCGGCAAAAGGAAGUCGCCUGCCCCUCGGGAGCAGUAGAGACGUUUAGCGCCGAACGCAUGUUGCAAGCAACAUUCUAUCUUUUCUUCUUCUUUCUUUGUGUGCAAGCAAUAAAAUCACUCAUAACUUUUAAUAGGUCCGCCACCGCCGCUCAAGGAAAAAGCUUCUACAUUUUUCCUUCGCUGUUUUUUUUCACCCUUGCGGCAGACUGCCUCCGCUACUAUUGAUUUAGGCAGUUUUAUCGCAACAAAAGCAGCCAACUUUUCUGCUGAUGAGUUACUAGCGUUUUUCAUACAAAGGUUCGCUAUUCGCUAACUGACUUUUCGAACUGACAAAUGAAGCACAAUCCGGCGGAGCGCCGUUUUAUUGUUUAACAGAAUGGGCACAUGCAUUGAAUGGAUGGCGAAAAAUUGAAAUAAUGGCAGCUUCUAAUUAGAAGAGAGUAAUCAAAAUUGAAAAGUAAUUAUUACUUAAGAGAUGUAUUGAUCGAGUGACGACGGAUGGAUGGAUUUUACUUGGGCUUUGGAGUGAUCGAUUUUUCUGUUUAAUAUGGAUAGAAAAAAAUGAAAACGAGGAUUGCUCCAAGGCCUAAUUUUGUUGCUCAGAAAGUGUAAAUCGAUUAAUUUUUGCGUUUAUCCUUCUUUUGUUCUUGUAACUCGAUCGUUGUUUAAAUAAAAAUGAAAAUAUUAUUGACGAUUAACAUCGCUCGCAGAGUUAAUAAAGAGAAUGAGAAAAUAUGACAAGCAAAAUAAAAA